AUUUGCAUACAAUGUAGAGAAGUCAGUUGCUCUUGUCGAUAACGUUGCUGCUGGUACACUCUUGUAUACCAAACUUGACCAUGGCAGCACAAAAGAACAAUCUCACAACUUACCAGUUUGCUCUUCUUAAUUUCAAACUAAAACAUGAUCUUGACCAAGUGGUCAAUCACUAGCCCCGUUUGCAAGUGGCUUCGCAUUACUAGCUUGUUGUGCUCGCCACUUUAGAGUUGCAGCCUUGAACCUCUCAAGAAGAAGUUUUUGGAAGGAUACUGAAGAGUGUGCGAACAGUUUCUGUAUUGAACUUCAAACAAUUAUACCUUCUAUGCAUAGUUGUAGCCUAAAGGAGGUUUGUAUUAACAGCUAGCAAUAUAUUAUACUGCAAAUCACUUCUGCAUUCAGAAAUAUAUCACAACUAAAUUUUCAAUCUCAAUUCUUUAUGUACAUGAUAUAAUAGCGGCCAGCGAUCUUUCUUUUUUAAUGUACCAGCUUGAAUUAGCAGACCGAAUAGUCAGACAACAUUUAUGUACCACAGUUGCAUUGCAUCUCCAUUGAUCCAUUUAAUUACUAACAAUUCCACACAUUUUGAACCUCAUUUCCUCAUCAGUGAUGUAUUAAAUGACGUAUGUGUAUGUGUACUGAUCAAGCUUUUCGCCAUCUUGUGGAUUCUGAUAUGACAAAAAGUCGGGGCAGACAGCUCAGGCUCAGCCAAGCCCUCUUCAUUAGUAGUUGUGUGUGUGUGUGUGUGUGUUGUGUGUGUGUGUGUGUGUGUGUUCAACUAUAUAUGUCAAGCCAGUGUGUGUGUGUGUAUUCAACUAUAUAUGUCAAGCCAGUUCCUCUUGUAACUCUAGCUUCUCAGAUUCAAUUAAGACCUCCACACAUUCUGCACAUAUCCAUCUCCGUUCCAGCAACAUAUAUCCCAACAAUGGAGAGAAUUACUUGGUUCUUCCUGGCCGCGGCUAGCUGCUUAACUAUGGCAGCAGCACUAACCAACAGUAAUCUCACUACAGAUGAGUCUGCUCUUCUUGCUCUCAAAGCUCAUAUCACCAGUGAUCCUCAUAACAUGAUCUCCACCAACUGGUCAACCACCACCCCUGUUUGCAACUGGGUUGGUGUUACUUGUGGUGCACGCCACUUUAGAGUGGCAGUCUUGAACCUCUCUUAUAUGGGACUCACGAGCACCAUUCCUCCGGAGCUUGGUAACCUAUCGUUCCUUGUUGCGCUAAGCUUGAGAAAUAACAGUUUUCAUGGUACCUUGCCUUUGGAAUUGGGUCGUUUGCGCCGAUUGAAGCUCAUCAGUUUCAGAUUCAACAAUUUUAUGGGAGCCAUUCCAUCAUGGUUUGGGUCCUUAUCCAAACUUGAAACCUUCGAUUUGUAUGGUAAUCGAUUUUCAGGCUCCAUACCUGCUGCCAUCUUCAACUUAACAGCUCUCCAAGUAAUCAACCUGAGCUAUAACCAGCUAUCAGGUAGCAUACCAAGAGAAAUUGGAAACCUAACAAAGUUGAAGGAGAUAUACCUUGAUAGAAAUAAUUUCAAAGAAAUUCCAAACGAGAUUGGAGCCUUGAAUCAACUGGAGAGGUUGUUUGUGCAGUUCAAUGCCUUAGAAGGGCAUGUUCCUCUCGCUGUCUUCAACAUGUCUUCUUUGAUUACUAUGACUUUCUAUAGAAACAGUUUGAAUGGUAGUCUUCCAGAGAAUAUAUAUCAACAUCUUCCGAGCAUUCAACAGUUGGAUUUGGCUCAGAACCAGAUUGAUGGUCCAAUUCCAUCCAAUAUUGGCAACUUAACCCAGAUAAGGAUGAUUGACCUUGGGUGGAACUAUUUGACAGGUAUUCCACCAUAAUGUCAACUGCAUAUAUAUAAACACUUAUAUUGUUCCUAUCAUGUUUUUAUUUCUUAAGUACAUCAAUGUGGGUAAACUGACUAAUCUUUUAAUUGGUCAAAACAGGUUAGUAAGUUUUUAAUUAACAAGUGAACAGAUAAACAGAUUAUAAUUAUGUGAAGAAACGAAGAAAUGAAAAUACAAUAUAUAGCACAGAGGAUUUGGAACAUCUAUAACCCAAUGAAAUAUUUGAAUGACAAUUAAGGUGUUGAUAUUAAUUUUGGCAGGGACUAUACCACAUGAGAUUGGUCAUCUUCCAAGUUUAGAGAGAUUGAGCCUCGGAAUUAAUAAUCUCAGUGGUCUCAUCCCAUCCUCGAUCUUCAAUAUUUCCACAAUAACAUUGAUAGAUCUUCACGACAAUCAGCUCUCAGGCACCCUUCCAGCAAACAUAGGCCUUGGGCUUCCAAACCUCCAAUUUUUCUUCAUAGGAGGAAAUAAGCUCAGUGGAGUACUCCCUAAAUCCAUCUCCAAUGCUUCUCAGCUCAUAAGGCUAGAGCUUGGCCAAAACUUAUUUUCCGGCUUUAUUCCUAGUGAGCUCUGUGCCUUAGCAAACCUUUAUCGGCUUGCCUUACACCAGAAUAAUUUGACCAUUGAUACUUCUAUUCCAGAAGUAAAUUUUUUCUCUUGUUUGGCAAAUCUUAAAGAUCUGAGCACAUUAGCCUUGUCACACAAUCCUUUAAAUGCCAAGCUUUCGGUUUCCUUUAGUAAUCUCUCAGCAUCACUUGAAUUCAUUUAUUUAGGUGACUGCAACAUGAGAGGUAACAUCCCCAAUGAUAUAGGCAACUUGAGCAACUUAACACUCUUAGACCUUGCGGAAAAUAAACUGAGUGGACCAGUUCCAACUUCAAUGGGAAGAUUACAGAAUGUCCAAAUUUUGGAUGUGCAUGGUAAUAAAUUGCAAGGACACAUUCCGGAUGAACUUUGUCAACUAAUCCAUCUAAAUGAGUUAAGUCUGUAUGGGAAUCAACUUACUGGUGCCAUACCUGCCUGCUUGGGUGAUCUAAAUGCAGCUCUCAGAGGUCUAUUCUUACAGUCCAAUUUGUUAACAUCCACAAUACCAUCUACCUUGUGGGGGCUUUCAGAUAUCUUGCACUUAAACCUUUCAUCCAACUCUCUAGUUGGGCCUCUCUCAGAAGGUUUUGGCAAUUUGAAAGUUGUCAUCGAUGUAGAUUUAUCAAACAACCAACUAUCUGGCAGCAUACCAAGCAGUAUUCAGAGUCUACAAAAUUUGGUCAAUCUGUCCUUGGCAAGUAAUAAUUUAGAAGGCCCUAUUCCUAGUUCCUUUGGAAACUUGCUAAGCUUAGUACGCUUGGAUUUAUCCCAGAACAAUCUCUCUGGAAUGAUUCCAAAGUCUCUAGAAGCACUCUCAUAUCUCAAGUAUCUGAACUUGUCUUUCAACAAACUCCAAGGAGAAAUUCCAACAGGCGGACCUUUCACAAACUUGUCUGCUCAAUCGUUUGUUUCAAACCGUGGACUCUGUGGUGUAUCCCGAUUUCAUGUUCAACCAUGCAAAAGGAAAAGUGAUACAUCUAUCUUGAAAUAUGUUAUUCCAGGGAUCUUGUCAGCAAUGCUUCUUGUGAUCUCCAUAAUUUGGUUGGUGAUGUUACGCAGAAAAAAGAAUGUGGAAGCUACAAUAGAGACUACCUACUUGCCUCAACCUCUGUACAGAAGAGUUUCAUACCAAGAGCUUCUAAGUGCAACAAAUGGAUUCAAUGUGAGCAACUUACUUGGCACUGGCAGUUUUGGCUCAGUUUAUAAAGGAACAUUUUCAGAUGGGGUAGAUGUGGCCAUAAAGGUUUUUAAUUUAGAAACAGAAGGGGCUUUCACAAGUUUUGAUGUUGAAUGUGACAUGCUAAGCAAUAUUCGUCACCGAAAUCUUAUCAAAGUCAUCAGUUGCUGCAAUCAAAAUGAUUUCAAAGCUCUUAUACUGAAUUACAUGCCUAAUGGGAACCUGGAGAAGUGGUUAUAUUCACAGAACUAUUCUUUGAACAUGCUGCAGAGGUUGGAUAUAAUGAUAAAUGUUGCAUCAGCUUUGGAGUAUCUUCAUCACGAUUACGAAACACCUAUUGUCCAUUGUGACUUGAAGCCCAGCAACAUAUUACUAGAUGAUGAUAUGGUUGCACAUGUUGCUGACUUUGGCAUAGCAAAACUAUUAGGCGGAGGAGAUUCUAUGACUCAAACGAUGACGCUGGCGACAAUUGGGUAUAUGGCUCCAGGUGAUGUACUAUUGCUAGUAUAUGUUUCAACUUUGUAUGUUAUGAUUAAUGUUGUUGUCCUUAAGAAUCUGUUUUAUAUAUCAUAUAUUGCAGAGUACGGAACGGAAGGGAUUGUCACUAGAAGAGGGGAUGUGUAUAGUUUUGGCAUUGUAUUGAUGGAAACAUUCACAAGAAGGAAGCCAACUGAUGAGAUGUUCGUUGGGGAAAUGAGUUUAAAGCAAUGGGUUGCAAAUUCACUAUUUGCAGAUGCAAUAGUUGAAGUUGUUGAUACUAAUUUACUUGGGACACAGAAAGAUCCUAAAUUUGUGAGCUAUAAUGUUUGCUUAUCAUCCAUUAUGAGAUUAGGUGUUGCUUGUUGUGUAGAGACACCAGAAGAGAGGAUAAAUAUGCAAGAGGCUGUAGCCACGCUGAACAAAAUCAAGACCGAGUAUGUGAAGGAGGUGUGGUGACGAACCGAUCCUCUUGUUCAGCAGACCUUUGAUGAAUAUAUACCAUAUAUUCUGUAUCUAUAUAGUAUAUUUUGUAGGUUUGGCAUUUGAUUCGGUCCUUAAUGAUUUAAUAGUAUGAUUGUGCGAUUCUGCUCAUGUUUGUGUAACAUUUAACCCACCUUUCUUACACUAAAUCUCGACUCUUCAGAAUGUGAAAAUAUCCCGAGACUUCUAUUAGUACGUGUAUAUCUAGUAUUAGACUGAUUGUAAUUGAGCUAGGUCUAUUCUAAGCACAAUAAUAGAUGCAAUGAAAUCAAACAGAAAAUCAAAGCUUACUUGUGUAUGAGAUGGUCUAAGCACAACGGACUCCUCUUCUUCAUUAUUGUCUCUUGCUGCUCGGGUUAGCUGACUUCUCCAUUCAAAGCUUCUUUUGUUGGCGAACAUUCAGAGUUCAUUACUGUAUACGGUUUCGUGUGGUUUUUGGGCUUUGAAUAUGCUCAAGGAGCCCAUUACCACCAGGCCUGCAUAUUGUCUGACCUGCUGUAAUUAUUUUUUCGUUACGUGUUUUAUUUUGGGGUGGGGUAAGUAUCUGAGGCUGUAACUUUAACUUGAUGGGUAAAGAGUCGAGUUGUUGCUUACCAACCUCUGAUUUUCAUUUCUGGCUUCAUGGCUCAAUUUAAGCAAACCCAAAAUCCAAAGAACAAUAUAACAGAAGCUAGCAAAAUAUGAGAUGCCAAAAGGUUUUGGACAUCUCACAUCUUUGGCCAUAGAAUACAAACUUGUCAUUUGGAAGGGAGAGCUAGCUGAU